GGGCAGCCUCUCUGAGAAGAUGCAUUGUCUUCCUCUCGUCCUGCCGCUCCUUCUCCUCUGCUCCAGAGCUGAAGCUGGUGAGUCCUUCCCUCUGGAAGCUGCAGUAUCAGCCCCCAACACAUGGAAGAGGAGCAUUGAGGUCCCAGGCACAAUGGCAGUGGGGGAAAUCCGAGGAGAGAUCAUCGGGGGCACAGAGUGCAAGCCACACUCCCGCCCUUACAUGGCCCACCUGGAAAUUGUCACUCUCCAGAAUAGACUGGCAUCUUGCGGUGGUUUCCUGAUAAGACGGAACUUUGUGCUGACGGCUGCUCACUGUGCAGGAAGGUCCAUAAUGGUCACCCUUGGAGCCCAUAACAUACAAAAGAAAGAAGACACAUGGCAGAAGCUUGAGGUCAUAAAACAAUUUCCUCACCCAAAAUAUGAUGAUAGUGCUCUUCUCCAUGACAUCAUGUUACUGAAGUUGAAGGAGAAAGCUAACCUGACCCUGGCUGUGGGGACGCUCCCCCUUCCGCCCCAGUUCAACGUCAUCCCACCAGGAAGAAUGUGCCGGGUGGCUGGCUGGGGAAAAACACAAUUGAAUGAACCAGGCUCUGAUACUCUGCAAGAGGUGAAGCAGAGGCUCAUGAAUCCCCAAGCCUGCAGACACUACAGAACUUUUGACCACAACCUCCAAUUGUGUGUUGGCAAUCCCAGGAAGACAACAUCUGCAUUUGAGGGAGAUUCAGGGGGCCCUCUUCUGUGUGCUGGGGUGGCUCAGGGCAUCGUCUCCCAUGGACGGAAGAAUGCAAAGCCCCCUGUUGUCUUCACCCGGAUCUCCCACUACCGGCCCUGGAUCAAUGAGGUCCUGAAGCAGAAUUAAGCCUGGAUGGAGCCUGGGCCAGCCUGAGGGGAAAUCUGGAACCAGACCUGGGCAGGCUUUCUGUGCCACUCACUUUCAAGUUGCCUCUGAUCUCUGCUGAGGCCCUGCCGCAUCCCUCAGACCCACGAGGGCCCCUCCAGGUCACAGAAUCCUCAGUAAACCUCAAUAAAGACCCAGC